CGGGAAUUCAGCGGCAUGCAUUCUCUUUUCAGCAACGUGGGUGAAAUCUCCCGCUGAAUGGGGCCGGUGGGGGGAAAGGGAGAGAAUGGAAAGGCCUGAGCUCGCCGUUCUGGAGGGUUCGUCCCCGGGCACCGCCUGGCACCCGGGCAGCAUAUAAAGCCCUCCUGGCUGCCUCGGCCGGGCAGCCGGUUUCUGCCUGCCUCUCCCCCGGGACCAACCCAGAUGGAUAUCUCCGUUUACUAUCCCUUCUUCCGCAAGCCCCUGCUCUCCUCCGCCGCCCCCGCCGCCCCCGCUGCCGCCGUGCCCAGUCGCAUCUACCACCAGACGUUCGGGGAACACCUGGCCGAGUCCGAACUCUUCCCCGCCUCCUGGUCCUUUAGCUCUUUCUUUUGGAGGCCGUGGUUUCCCAGGAACGCUGGCUGGCUGGAAAACAGAUUCGCAGAGAUGCGAAUGGAUAAAGACAAGUUUUUUGUGAACGUGGACGUGAAGCACUUCUCUCCCGAGGAGCUCAAAGUGAAGGUUCUGGGGGACAUGAUCGAAGUCUACGGGAAACACGAAGAGCGGCAGGACGAGCACGGCUUCAUCGCCAGAGAGUUCAGCAGGAAGUACAAGAUCCCGGCAGACGUGGACCCGCUGUCCAUCACCUCCUCGCUCUCUUCGGAUGGCGUCCUGACGGUCAACGGGCCAAGGAAGGCGGUGGAGGUGCCCGAGCGGACCAUCCCCAUCACGAGGGAGGAGAAACCGGCGCUCCCGGCCGGGCAAAAGAAGUAGAACUGGCCCCUUUUGUACCCGAGGAAGCCCACUGGACACGAGCGAGAAGAUGGCACCGAUGAGCAGCUGUUGUUAUUUCUUUGUGCGCUGAGAAGCAAAUGAGGUUGUUUACUAACAAAUAAAGACCAUGAGUAAAGCAUC